AUGAAGAGAGAGCGAGAGAAAGGGAGAGAGAUGAGAGGGGGAAGACGAAGGCCGAAAGAUUCCAUACCUGAGCGACCCUCUGUCGACCCUCGACAGUUCACAGCCACCACCAAUCACCGCGAUAGCAGAGACUUUGACGCAAGCUUCUGCAGCAGCCACCCUUCUCCUCAUCCGGCAUCGGCCGCGCCACCUCCUCCAUUCCCGUCAACGAUCACUCGUACCAAUCCAACGCCAUCCGUACCAUCAACACUUAUCUUUCCUUCCACUCCUUCCCCUUCUCCCUCCGCCAAAGAUAUUACCGAAACCCUCCGUUUCCUCUGCCACCGUCUCGGUUGGCCCGAUCUUAACAAACUCGAAGAAGACCUCCCUCUCCUACUAAAACACCUAAAUUGCCCUAUCAAACUUAACAAAUCCGCCCUCAAAGCCCCCGGUACCCCUCAUACUUGGCUCUCCCUCCUCGCCGUCAUCCACUGGCUUGUCCAGAUCGCUCUCUACAGCGAUCAUGUCUCCUCUUUAGACUCCAACACUAGCAAUUUUCUCGGUGACAACAAGCUCCUUCUCUAUGCGCUCGACAGCUACUCGCUCUAUAUCCGUGGUGAAGACGAUGCCAUCGAUGACCUGGACCACGAAUUCACUGAGAAGAUGGAGCAGGAGAAGAAUGCCGCUGCCGAGAAGGUUAGGUUAAUGGAGGGAGAGGUCGUGAAUCUCACGGCCGAGAUUGAAGCACUGAGGACGGCGCCGUCCGCGAGUGUAGAGCGAGAGAAAGAUAAGUCACUGUUGGAGAAGGAUGUUCAGAAAUUUCAUACUAGUAUUGAGGAGAUCUCGAACGGGAUUUUGCUGGUGGAGACGGCUUUGAAGGAGAAGGAGAAAGAGUUGGAGACAAAGGUUAAGGAGAAUCAGAGGAUUUGUGAGGAGAAUGAGGAGUUGAAGACGAGUAUUGAUCUGCAGACUGUGAAUGCUAGGGAUGUGGAGAGGAUGAAAAGGGGGUUGCAGGCUGUGGAGAGGGAUAUUGCGGAGGCAGAGGCUUCAAGGAAUGUGUGGGAAGAGAAGUCGUGGGAUCUUGAUACUGCUCUUGGGCAUAAGUUUAAGGAGCUUGAGAGCCUUUCCAUUGAAUGCAACCAGGCUCUUCCAUUGAAUGCAACCAGGCUCUUAGGAGUUUAUUUGUUUUACACCGUCCUCAUCCUCAGAAAUAGGCGGGAAGAUGAUGGUGGUGGCGGUGGGGGUUGA